AUGGUUGGUGGCCAGUGGAUCAGGAUCAACAAGGAAGACAUGCCCUAUUACUUUCACGCCAGGUGCCUCAAGAACCCUGAUCAAGUCAACGGCCCAGAGUCUGGCCCGGUCAGGUUUCGUAAACGUCUUGAAAGAGCACGGCAACGGAAGGGAAGUCCGCUAAAGCACGAGUACAAACCAGAAGCGAACAUGUUCUGGAGAUUUGUGGAGGUCGAUGGUCAAAUGAAGUGGAUCGAGAAGGACUGGAGCCUGGAACCUCCCCUCAGGAUCGGGGGCUUUAGCGACAGCGGUGAUAGUGACGACGAUUACCUGGAAAUCAAACAGACAGCCAAGGGUUCCGCAAGCCGCACUGAGCACCGUGCUGUCAAGACCUUGGCACCAGAGGAAGCCUCAGCCCAAUCGAGAGACGCCGCAAGGCAAGAAAUCCCUCAACAAGUAGAUGUUCCGUGGAAGCAAGUUCCCCUGGGAGGAGAAACGUUAUCUUUUGACGACCAGGCGGAGAGAAAGGUAUCCUUUGGAUCAACCACUAUUACCGAAAUUCCGGAGGAUUUCGUAACGAUAGUCGAUAAGGAGAAGGCACAGGAGAUUUUCGCAGCAGCCAUCGACGAUGGGGAGGAAAGCGAGGACGAGAUAUAUAUAUUUGAUAAACCUGAGAGACAGGACCAUGACCCGGAGUGGAACGAACAGCCAGUGGACGGCAGAGGGCUUGCCACGACCGCCGAAGUACCCAAAGCCACCAAGCCCCGGCGGCAAACCACCAUCAAGUUUGCACCAGUGACCAUUGUCAAAGAGUCCCCAGCAAACCACCUACCAACAUUGGAAUAUUUUCCAGACUUUUGCACAGCCUCCAAACCAAUCUUUCGGCCUGAUCGCCAAAGACAGACAGAUCAUGCGGUAACUCUGGCAACAUUCUCGGAAUCCGUCAAAGCCUUCAAGCCAUUCACGGAUGCAGACUCGGAAGGAUUGAAUGAAGGAGCCAGCAUGUACGCAAUCCGGAGACGCAGCCCCCUUCAAGAGGAGGUCUGCUACGGUGAGGAUUGUGAGGAGUCGGGGGUCGAUGAGGUUGAGCAGGCCCCAUCUUGUCCUAUGCGGUGUGGAAGCGAUGGCAUGGAGCGACCAUCAAGACGGAGGAUGCUGCGAAGUUGUGAAUAUUAA